AAAGCCUGGGAGCCCUCUAGCACGCUACACCUCUUCUCGCGUUUCUCCUGGCCCGCAUGCGGCAUAUACUGGCUUCGCACGGACGAAUUCAAGUCCUCCAACGUGUGUGGAUGCCCUCGUCACGCGAUGUCCUUUGCGGUGUGCCAUCGCCUCUUCGCAUCUUCUUCCCGGAUCCGCAAUGCCGUUGGUCACUUCAGGAUGACUGGUCUUCGCUGCCCAACCGGAUUCGUCUUAGAUGAGCCCGAAUCUGAACCAAUACCCCUCACAUUCGUUUUUGCUCUCGCGGACCUGCUGCCGUCCUUGCCUACCUUGGAGGUCUGGGACCUUGGCCAUGGGCGCGGAGUUAUCGGACCGCUCCCUCAGAUCUCAUUGGUCCCCUGCAACCUCACGAGGCUUGAAAUUGUAGGGUCGAUGACCGUAUUCGACGAGAAGGCCAUUUUUACCAUCUUGUCCGCUUUCAAUCGCAUCCACACCGUCGUUCUGGACUGCAGCACCGAAGAAGAUCUCGAUGCGUCCCCAGUCUCAUCUCAAAUUUACCAACGUUUUCCUGCCACUGCUGUGGACCACAUCGAGGUCAUCUUUCCUGGGUUUAUUCCCCAAGUGCUUGCCCGUCUCCCCGAGCAGAUAGACAUGGGUGCGCUUCGAGGAAUAACAGCCCACCAGUAUCUGGAAGAAGGACUAGAGAUCCUCCUGCGUUCCGCUUCGGUACUCGAGUCUCUGGUAUACAUGCCUGGCAACGCACCACCGCCAAUCCCCAGCCCCAACUCAUUGCGCGUCAUCGGCCUCACUUGCUCCAUUAUAGCUGCCGAACCCGAGUCACCAACGUUCCAAACUCCUUUUGGGUGGGAGGACAUCCUGCGAGACCUCAGCACUAUGGAAGCCCCUGACCUCCGCGAACUCACAGUAACCAUUCUGCUUUUGGAGUUAGGUUGUUGGGGGAAAGACGCGACUGCUUCUGAAGACGCCUUUGCACAUGCCCUAGCGUCAUACCCUUCAAAAGCAGGAUUGGGAUAUCUUGCGAGGCAUCCUUAGGCGAUGUGCGAAGUUGCGAAAGCUGAAGCUCGUCGUUGCUGUGGAUGACGACUGGUCUUCGUUUCAGUAUAUGCUGCCGUACCUACGUUGCUCCGGCUGAGUUAUGCGAGAGAUUGCGGCGAAACGCCUGGGCAGUGAGGUAGAGAGCAUUUUGGAGGUGGUGGCAGAACAUCGGCGGAACGCGACAGAUGGUGUCAUCCGCUAUUACCC